CUGGCCAAUAGAAGACGCCCGGUCGGCGGGUGGAUGAACGCGGUUUUCUGUAAUGGCGGAGCGUGGCGGGGACGGGGGGGACGGUGAGCGAUUCAACCCAGGGGAGCUCAGGAUGGCUCAACAGCAGGCCUUGAGGUUUCGAGGCCCAGCUCCCCCACCAAAUGCAGUGAUGCGAGGCCCACCACCUCUCAUGAGACCUCCUCCACCGUUUGGCAUGAUGCGAGGCCCUCCCCCACCGCCACGGCCCCCCUUUGGACGUCCUCCUUUUGAUCCUAACAUGCCUCCAAUGCCUCCUCCGGGAGGGAUUCCUCCACCCAUGGGCCCACCACACCUUCAGAGACCACCUUUCAUGCCUCCACCCAUGGGAACCAUGCCUCCUCCUCCAGGCAUGAUGUUUCCGCCGGGAAUGCCUCCUGUGACUGCUCCUGGUACUCCAGCUCUGCCUCCGACUGAAGAGAUAUGGGUGGAAAACAAAACUCCAGAUGGGAAGGUUUAUUAUUAUAAUGCUCGGACACGUGAAUCUGCAUGGAGCAAGCCAGAUGGAGUUAAGGUUAUUCAGCAGUCAGAACUGACACCUAUGCUUGCAGCCCAGGCACAGGUUCAGGCCCAGGCCCAGGCCCAGGCUCAGGCUCAGGCCCAGGCCCAGGCCCAAGCCCAAGCCCAAGCCCAGGCUCAGGCUCAGGCCCAGGCCCAGGCCCAGGCCCAGGCCCAGGCGCAGGCGCAGGCCCAGGCGCAAGUGCAGGUGCAAGCACAAGCAGUAGGAGCUUCCACCCCUACGACCAGUAGCCCAGCACCUGCAGUAUCCACUUCAGCAUCAUCAUCCACCCCAUCCUCUACCACUUCUACCACGACAACUGCCUCUUCGGUUUCGCAGACAGUAUCAACACCCACAACACAAGAUCAGACUCCAAGUUCUGCUGUUUCAGUUGCCACGCCUACAGUUAGUGUUUCAACUCCUGCUCCUACAGCCACACCUGUGCAAACCGUUCCCCAGCCGCACCCCCAGACGUUACCUCCGGCUGUCCCUCAUUCGGUACCUCAGCCAGCGGCGGCAAUACCUGCGUUUCCACCAGUAAUGGUACCUCCGUUUCGUGUUCCUCUUCCUGGCAUGCCAAUUCCACUUCCAGGUGUAGCAAUGAUGCAAAUAGUCAGCUGCCCGUAUGUAAAGACAGUCGCUACCACCAAGACCGGUGUAUUGCCAGGAAUGGCCCCUCCUAUUGUACCCAUGAUACAUCCCCAGGUUGCUAUUGCAGCUUCACCUGCUACCUUAGCUGGAGCAACAGCAGUAUCUGAGUGGACUGAAUAUAAAACCGCAGAUGGGAAGACAUAUUAUUAUAAUAAUAGAACAUUAGAAUCAACCUGGGAAAAACCCCAAGAACUAAAGGAAAAAGAAAAAUUAGAAGAGAAGAUUAAAGAGCCAAUGAAAGAACCUUCUGAAGAACCUUUGCCAAUGGAGACAGAGGAGGAGGAUCCUAAAGAAGAGCCAAUGAAGGAGAUCAAGGAGGAGCCCAAAGAAGAGGAGAUGACUGAAGAAGAAAAGGCCGCGCAGAAGGCCAAACCAGUAGCUACUACCCCUAUUCCUGGCACGCCAUGGUGUGUCGUCUGGACUGGCGAUGAGCGGGUCUUCUUCUAUAACCCGACCACCCGGCUUUCCAUGUGGGACCGGCCUGAUGACCUCAUUGGAAGGGCAGAUGUUGACAAAAUUAUUCAGGAGCCCCCUCACAAAAGAGGAAUGGAAGAAAUGAGGAAGCUAAGGCACCCAACCCCAACGAUGCUGUCCAUCCAAAAGUGGCAGUUCUCUAUGAGUGCAAUUAAAGAAGAACAUGAAUUAAUGGAAGAACUUAAUGAAGAUGAACCUGUUAAAGCCAAAAAACGGAAGAGAAUGUCAAAGAAGUCCUUUAUGUGGAUUGCCCGAGCUUCUCUAUUUAGGCGAGACGAUAAUAAAGACAUUGAUUCAGACAAAGAAGCUGCAAUGGAAGCUGAAAUUAAAGCUGCCCGAGAAAGGGCCAUUGUCCCUCUGGAGGCCCGAAUGAAGCAGUUCAAGGACAUGCUGCUAGAGAGAGGGGUGUCCGCGUUUUCAACAUGGGAGAAGGAGUUGCACAAGAUAGUUUUUGAUCCUCGAUACUUACUUCUCAACCCUAAAGAGAGAAAACAGGUAUUUGAUCAAUAUGUAAAGACCAGGGCGGAGGAAGAACGUAGGGAAAAGAAAAACAAAAUUAUGCAAGCCAAGGAAGAUUUCAAAAAAAUGAUGGAAGAAGCAAAAUUUAAUCCAAGAGCUACUUUUAGUGAAUUUGCAGCCAAGCAUGCUAAAGACUCAAGAUUCAAAGCAAUUGAAAAGAUGAAAGAUCGAGAAGCCUUGUUUAAUGAAUUUGUGGCAGCUGCACGGAAGAAAGAGAAAGAAGAUUCGAAGACCAGAGGUGAGAAGAUUAAAUCGGAUUUCUUUGAACUAUUAUCUAAUCAUCACCUGGACAGUCAGUCUCGAUGGAGCAAAGUAAAAGACAAAGUAGAAAGUGAUCCACGGUACAAAGCGGUGGAUAGUUCAUCAAUGAGAGAAGACCUUUUCAAACAGUACAUAGAAAAAAUAGCCAAGAAUUUAGAUUCAGAAAAAGAAAAGGAGCUUGAAAGACAAGCCCGCAUUGAGGCCAGCCUUCGAGAACGAGAAAGAGAGGUUCAGAAGGCUCGAUCAGAACAGACGAAAGAAAUAGACCGAGAGAGGGAGCAGCACAAGCGGGAAGAAGCGAUCCAGAAUUUCAAAGCCCUUCUGUCUGACAUGGUGCGUUCUUCAGAUGUGUCGUGGUCCGACACGCGGAGGACUCUGCGGAAGGAUCACCGCUGGGAGUCUGGGUCCCUGCUGGAAAGAGAGGAGAAGGAGAAGCUCUUUAACGAGCACAUCGAAGCACUUACCAAAAAGAAGAGGGAGCACUUUAGGCAACUUCUGGACGAGACUUCUGCAAUUACCUUAACAUCCACAUGGAAAGAAGUAAAAAAAAUCAUUAAGGAAGAUCCUCGGUGCAUUAAGUUCUCCUCCAGUGACAGGAAAAAACAAAGGGAGUUUGAAGAAUACAUCAGAGACAAGUACAUCACUGCCAAAGCUGACUUCAGGACGCUUUUGAAAGAGACCAAAUUUAUAACAUAUAGAUCCAAAAAGCUCAUCCAGGAAUCUGAUCAGCACCUGAAAGACGUAGAGAAAAUUUUGCAGAAUGACAAACGGUAUCUGGUACUAGACUGUGUGCCAGAGGAGAGGCGGAAACUGAUCGUGGCCUACGUGGAUGACCUCGACCGCCGGGGCCCUCCCCCACCUCCCACCGCGUCCGAGCCCACCAGACGGUCAACGAAAUAAUUCUGCACACUCUGCCACAGGGGUAUCUAUUCAUUCAAAAUGCUUGCAUGAGCCAACUUUCAGGUUUUUACAUGUAUGUGCAUUAGUCAAACUAUUGCAAAACCAUCUGCUGAACAGGAGGAGGAGCAUUCGUGAACAGUUGCUGACAGAGAACACUUGGAAAUAUUUAUGCUUUUCUUUGUGUGGCAUGACUGACAUACAUACUCAAAUGUAGGCUGUCUCUAGUAAGUCUCAAAUCUUGAAGCUAAAUAUCAUCCUUUUAUGAGGUGUGGAAGUCAGUGACUUUUGGUGACAUUCUUUCUAGCAGUGUUAUACAUUGAAGACAUAGGAGCAUUUGUGGUUUGAACUUGCAAGAUACAAAUACCACAGACUCCAAGAAAACCUAAGUUGGGGUUUGGUUUGUUUUGAUUUUGUUUUUUAAAGCGGGUAAAAGAGAAAACACUGAAAAUUGAAUUCUUUUCUUCCAGAGGUUAAGAUUAUUAUAAUGGACAUACUUUUACCUUUGUCUGUAAAGAACACUUUAGUUUUAUUUGUUCACUUACGUGCUUUGAUUAUCCCCUCUGAAUUGUAGGCCAAGUCUUGUUUAGCAUAAGAGAAGAUUUAUUUAGUAAUUUCUUCUCAGGUGUGGAACCACAGUCAUAAUUUAACAUGUUGGCCAGAAGAGAGAACUGCUGGUUAAACAUGCUCACUGUUCAGUGAUCUCUAUCAAUAUUCUGGAUUAGACAGCAGAUUACCUUUCUGGGUGUUCCCUGUAAACUAUACUCCUGUUUGAAUGUUAAACUUUUGUUUCUAAAGUUUAAUUUUAAGAUGUUUGAAUGUUCAGUUUAUGUAUUUGAACUACAAUAAACCAAUCCUUUUUAUAUAUGUGGAUUGUAUAUGAUUAUGCUACAUAGUUUAUAAAAACUUCUUUUAAACCUGUUCUUAAAAGCAGCAGCAAAUGUAAUUUGGUACAAAAAAAAAAGUUGACUUUAAGUCUUGAAUAUCACAUAGUUUUGAAAGGCUUGACUAGACUAAAUUAUUUGCAGUACAAAACAGAUGGGAUGUGUAAAGAACCAUUUUGGUGCUCAGUCUCUUAGCUGUUUUUUGUUUUCUUGUUUUUGCCUUUUACAUUAACACUGACAGUUAAUGCUGCUUUUUUUUGUUUUGGCGUCCUUUCAAGGUGUCAUGCACACCGUGCCGUGAAACUUAGGCCCUUUGAUCCCCAGUUGUUCUUUGUAGCUUUACCUCCCCAGUUUAGAAAGAUCCUUCUAUUUCAUUCCUUCAUAGGUUUCUAGUUUCAGUACCCCAUAAAGAAAAUGUUUAGAAAAAUAAAUGUCAAUAGGAUAAUCUAUUUUCUCUGUUAAUCUUACACAAAUUGUGAUUGUAACAAAACCUAAAAAGAAGGAAUACCAACAGAUCUGUUACGUGCACAGAUACACAUCACCCACAUACACAAACACAUUCACAUCUAUGUUACGUAGUACUCAGCUUAAAUACACUAUAUGCCUCAAAAUUCUGGUGAACUCUGUAUGGGGUGACCUGGACGUGAUUGCUUCACUAAGGCCUUAACCUGUACAACUGCUAGUCAACAGGAUUGUUUCCUUUUUUUCCCCCUUCUCUAUUUUUAAAGUUUAUUUAUAUAAAUUCAUUGAAUGAUUUUUACGUCUUACGAAGAGUGAAAUGGAAGUGUUUGACAAAAGGAACACAACUAUCACAGAAACAUGACUGUCUCACAAAGGGGAAGCUUCUGGAGCAGUUGGUUCUUUUGAGUCCCACGUGGUGUCGUGUGCCCAUUCACGGCAUUCUCUCGCUCGCAGUAGAGACGUGGGGAGAAAACGGUUUGGAGAUCCCAGGUUUCCUGCUGUUACUACAAAGUAUUUGGGGUUGAUUGCUCAUGCAAGUUGCAGAUCAGACUCUUUUCAUGCAGAUUUCUUUAAGAGAUCAGGUUGGGACUCUAUGCAUCCAGCUCUUAAUGAAGGGGUGGUUGAAAUUACACUGUUUCAGUCCUGCGUCUUGAUUUGCUGCUUAUCAGCAGACACUUGACAAAUCAAUGAGUCCGUUUCCGGGACCUCUGCACAAAGCCUCCUUGUGCCAAACGAUGAUUUUGAAAGGAGCAUUCAAGACAGACUUUACUUCUCCAAAACUGUCUGAAGCGAAACAGUUUUUGUUUGUAAGUUAAGAGAUCAAACAUUGGAAUCUUGCAUCCUACAUUUACUACAUGUAAUAUACAUAAAAACCUUUAAUUCAAAUAGUUCAUCACAGGUGUUAAAGGUAAUCCCUUUGUGUAACUAUCUUAUCACAAAAACAGUAUUUUGGAUACUCGGGUUAAAUUGUAGUUUAUGUGAUCAUGUGAGCCUCAGAAUAAAAUUUGUAAUGAACUGAGUUAAAA